CAUUUGACAACUGAUAAGGUACGUUUUUAUCGGGAGUGUGCUAGCCGGAAGGAAUUUUCGUCGGUACGGGCAUAUCGACAGAAAAAUCAUGAAAAGAAUCGAGACUUCUAGGGUAAGAAAGAAUAAAUGGAAGCGCAAGAUUUACAUGAAGAACACUGACCAUCAACCACAGCAGCAAUAGAAUGGUCAGAAAGGAAACUUAAGAUGAAGCUGCAGAGAGAAGGAUAGAAGCCAUAGGAGCAGGCCCAUUGCAACAAGUGAACAAGAUUUUAUGAUCAACAUAACAACACUUGGACGGAUAUCCUCACAAUACAGAUAAAGAUAAAUGCAGAGCAGAAAGCCUAACAAUUGGCAAUACUACACAACUGAAAAGAUAAUUCUGGCAAUCAGAUUGCUGAAAAUCCAUUAAUAAUACAAGCACUGUCAUCCUUAUUUUUCUUAUACUGUUAAUGGGAUUUUCAUUUUAAACAUAACAAAUAAAGCGAAGUACGGCAUAAUGACAGUCGUUCCGUCAGCUGGCGUGGAAAUGGACAUAGGAAGGCUACUGGGCGAUAUGAAAUGGAGGAAAGAAGAUAAACUGAUGCCUGGUGUGAAAUUUGGUAUCAAAUACAAAAGUGCAACAAGACACAGGAAUGAGGUACACGGUAGGCAGCCUCUUGCUGACAUCAAUACUAACCAGAUCAGCCGUGCUACUGGUGGCGGCGAUAACGUGACAGGACAGGAGCAAAAUGAAGAAGGGGAGCAGCAGGAGACUAGGAGGAGAAAAAAGAGGCAAAGAUUAGAAAUACCAGGGCUGCUCCACCCUGACGACCUGACGCCCUCUAGACAACGUACUAACAGCUAUGUUGGAAACACAGCCACUAAGAGGAGAGGGAAGCAGCAGGACAAGCAGCAACACACUGGGGAAGCAGGUGAGCCCACACAACACUACCUUGUGUCUCUUGUCCGUAACUGUCACCGUCAACUGUACGGUGACCCCAACAAGUGCAGUGGCCAAAUGCAGGGGGAGGGUGACAGCACAUCUCAACUCCCGCCGUCCGCCUCUUCCUCACGACAGCAGCUCGUGAUUCCCAGCUACUCCAUGGACAACUACAGUUUAGUGCAAGAUGCGACACUCUAUGGGCCCACCGUGGAGGAAAACGCUCCUUCUAUUGCCCCAGAAAAAAGCAUGUGGCAGGGAAUGGAAUGGAAUGGAAAUGGUGGUCGUAGUGAUGUGAUUGGGCAGCAAGGAAUGUGGCGUCGUGCAGCACCGGUGGAAGGAAGCAUUAAAUUACUGAAUGGUGUGUCAGAUUGCGAAGCAAAGGUCAACAGUUCAGGUAGUCAUGGUGAUAGGGUGGCAGGAGAGCGAGUGUGGCAGUGGUUGACUCAAGAUGGCGAUGGAGCGAGAGAUAAGACAUGUAAGCUUGAAAGCAGACCUGUAGCGGAAAAUAGCAACGGCUUCGGGCUAUGGCGAGGCUGGGAAUCACCUGGGAAUCAUGAUCUACCUCACCAGAACCCACAUUCCUACCACCAGGCCACUGCUGCACACCAUCACAUGAAAACGUCUUCCCAACAUCGUUACCACCAACUGUUUCUGAGGAUGCAAGAGUGAUAAGAGAGAGUGCCGGAGAUGCAAGUAAUGGUGGCAGAAGUGAUGGUGGUGGUGGUAGAAGUGAUGGUGGUGGUAGUCGGUCAGUAUCCCUCCAUGGCCUUCAUACAAGCCAGCAGGACCCAGGACCCAGUAUGUUGUUUCAGCCAGAGAUAAAGACAGACCACGUACUCUCCACAGAAGACCCACAAAGAACUGCUUCCUGUAGCCUAUGGAACUUCGUGAAGCCUCCUCCUCCUCCUCCUCCUCCUCCUCCUCCUCCUCCUCCUCCUCCUCCUCCUCCUCCUCCUUCUACUAUUAAUUCUGCUCCAUAUUUUCUUCCCUCUACUUUCCCUUAUCUUCCAUCAUCGCCUUCACAUCGUCCUCGUUAUCUUCCUUUAUCUACAGACCUUUUUCCUCCUCCUGCUCCUCCUUCUUCUCCUCCUGCUCCCUCUUCUCCUCUUAGUCAUUCUUUUCUCCCUCAUUUAUUUCCUCCUCCUCUUCCUCCUUCUCCUCGUGUUCCUAUUCCUGCUUCUACUUCUACUUCUGUUACUUCUCCUCCCCCUCCUCCUCCUGCUACUGCUACUACUUCUGCUGUAUCUUUCCCUCCGUCACCUCCUCUUCAAACACAACCUUCUGCAUCCCCUCCAACUUCGUCUUUUCCUGCUACCCAAGCCACCGAGUUUUCCUUCAGUCCAAAACCUUCUCAACACCAGGACGUGUUACGAGGCGGCAUGAUAAGCAAGAUAGAACUUGUCGCCGUGAGUCACCUGGAGAGCAACAUGGUGUUCCGACCUCACCUUGGCUGGCCUCAACAGUACUCCACCAGCCGUAUGUCUGGCCAGCAGGCUGCUCGAGUGUUCAAUGUCCUUCCGCGACCUUCAGCCAAUGACUUUCACCUCCCUGGCCUCCCAGUGACAGCCUCCCAUGACCUCCUCAACCUGUACUCCAGCAGCUAGCCAGGCAACCCUCUAGACCUCCUCAUCCAGUUCCCUUAAUCUUGUGACAAUUGAUUCGCAUUCCUUGCUCUGUACGAACGAGUAGCCUCAAUAAAUUUCAUCUUUGGUCGAUUCCUUUCAAAGUUAAUUAUGUUUGUCGGAUUUUAUUUUUUAUUCUUUUGUUGUUGUUUGGUAAUAAAAAUUGUGUAAACGUU